AUGAAACCAUUCAUUACCGGCCAUGAAGAUCUCGUGCAUGAUGUCGUGUAUGAUUUCUAUGGCAGACAUGUGGCCACUUGCUCUUCGGACCAACACAUCAAGGUUUUCAGACUGAACAGAGAGACCAACGAAUGGCAUUUAAGUGACUCAUGGAAGGCACACGAUAGCUCUGUGGUUGGUUUGGACUGGGCCAGUCCAGAGUAUGGGAGGAUAAUAGCGUCCGUCUCGUACGACAAGUUGAUCAACCUGUGGGAAGAAGAGCCCGAUGCUCCAGAGUGCUCGGGGCGCAGAUGGACGAAACUGUGUACCCUGAAUGACGCAACGGGGCCUCUCUUUAGCGUGAAGUUUGCGCCAGGACAUUUGGGGCUCAAAGUCGGGGCCAUUGGCAAUGACGGGACGCUUAGAGUAUACGAGGCCCUGGAACCUUCGGAUCUGAGGUCGUGGACCCUGACCUCCGAGGUUUCAGUCCUGCGCACACCACCCGCUUCGCACUUGCAAUCGGAUUUCUGUCUAACGUGGUGUCCGUCGAGGUUUUUGCCGGAAAAGCUGCUGGUGUGUGCUUUGGACCAGGCGUUGAUAUACCAGAAGGACAAAAACGGAAAGAUGUAUGUAGCUGCGAAACUGGAGGGCCACGAGGGGCUGAUUAGAAGCGUAAGCUGGGCUCCCUCGAUCGGCAGAUGGUACCAGCUGAUUGCAACCGGAUGCAAGGACGGCAAGGUGCGGAUCUUCAAACUGACUGAGACGUUGCAAGGAAAGGGCGGCGAGGGUGACGACGACGACUCCAUGAGCGUGGACCAGGCUGAGGAACGGUCUGACUCGAAGGGCGGCGCUCCGGAGCUCAACGUCGAGCUGGUGAGCGAGAGUGCGGAUCACAGGGGAGAGGUCUGGUCCGUGUCGUGGAAUCUGACAGGCACUAUUUUGAGCUCUGCGGGCGACGACGGUAAGGUCCGCUUGUGGAAGGCGUCUUAUUCCAACGACUUCAAGUGCAUGUCUGUGAUCAACGCGCAGCAGAGGACAUGA